AUGGUCCAUCCCAUACACCAAGCUAAUGAGAACAGCCCUUAUGGAGACCUCACCAGAGGACUAUUCUACGAGAAACACCAGAUCUUACAUCACCACAGUUACAUGAUCAACAAACAAAACAUGAAAAUAUGGACUCAAUCAUGGUGUCCUUAUCCGAAUUCAACGCCUCGGCUAUGUGGGAUUGUAUGCAUGAUCCACGGCUAUGCUUCAGAAAGCAGUUGGAUUUUUGAGUUAACUGCAGUAGCCAUAGCCAGAGCAGGGUUUAUUGUAUGUGCACUUGACCUCCAGGGCCAUGGAUAUUCUGAUGGCUGUGCUGGUCAUAUUCCCGAUAUUUACGCCAUUGUGGACGAUUGCAUCCAGUUCUUUGAUGCUGUUAGAGGCAGCAAUUCAACACUGCCAGCUUUUUUGUAUGGGGAGUCACUUGGUGGUGCAAUAGCUAUACUUGUCUGCCUUAAACAGGCGGGUACAUGGAAUGGAUUGGUUCUAAGUGGAGCGAUGUGUGGGGUUUCGAAGAGGAUCAGACCGAUGUGGCCACUCGAAAAGUUACUUCCAGUGGCUGCUUUUAUUGCACCUGGUUGGAGAGUCAAGAUAACAAAGUCUCCUGGAAGUAAGUCAUACAAGGAGGACUGGAAGAGAAAAUUGGUUAGCAAGAGUCCAAAUCGCGGCCGCUUGACAUCAAGCCAGCCACCAGCAGCUACAGCAUUGGAGUUCUUCAGAGUUUGCAAGAUUAUAGAGAGGGACUGUCAUGAACUUGAAGUUCCUUUGCUGGUGGUUCAUGGGGGACAGGAUGAAGUAUGUGACCCUGGUUCUGCCAGGAAUGUGUUUAAAUCGGCAUCUAGCACGGACAAGACUUUUAAGAUUUUUGAGGGCAUGUGGCAUAUGUUGAUCGGUGAGCCAAACGAAGGUGUUGAGACUGUGUUUCAGACUAUAUUGUCAUGGAUUGGAGAGAGGGCAGACAAAGAGGGAUGA